AUGCGGAUAACCAUGUGGGUGAAGAGGACCAAGCUGGCUGUAGGGGGCCACAGAAAAGGGGCCACGUUGAAGAGAACCACACAUGCAAUGAGAACCAUGCACAGUGAGGUGAAACAGUUUGAAAAAUUGUCUAGCAACCUCAUCCAUUGCAUUGAGCAAUAUAAAAAGGAAAAAGAGAUAUGCAUAUCGUCCUACAAAAAUUACAAACAAGAAAUCAAAGCAUGUGUACGUAGAUUAUUUACGGAUGACAUUUUGGCUAGUUUAAAAAAAAAAGAUUUUAAAAUUAUUUUUACGUAUACCAUUUUGCUGUCAAAAAGGGUUCCCCUGCAGAGGGAGGCCCUAAAAACGGUGGUGCUGUCCUAUGUGCAGCUGCUCAACGGAGAGGAGGAGAAAAGAGAAGGAAAGAGCCAAGUUACCAAUCAACGGAAUGACGUAGAUACCCCCCUCCUGCUAAUAAUCAAGUACCUCUUCUACCUCAACGUAGCUCACGACAAGGUUAUCUACAGCUACAUUUAUUCGGAGCUAAAUAACCUGAUAGAGGAGUACACCCUGGAGGAGCUCGUCGAAACGGUCAACUUGAUUUCAUCCUUUAAGGAUAAAAAAUGGACAAAUCAGAAGGUAUUUUCCAGAUGCAUAAACGAAAUUGUUAGGAGAAGCAACCAAAUGGAGGAGGACACGUCCAAUUAUCUAGUCACCAUCAUCAAAUCUUGUUCCCGCCUCAACUACGAAAUUGGGGACAUCCACAUGUUGCUAGAAAUUCUGCGAGAGAGUUACGUAAAAAAGGAAAAGAAAAAUCUCCACACACUUAUUAAAGUUAUUUACAACCUAUUUCUUUGCAACUAUCAUAACUAUAAGCAUGUGAAUCAGCUGAUUGAUUUGUUAAAAUCUGAGCUGAUGGGUAUACGGAAGGAGGAGGAAUACCCCCCAUAUAAAAAAUACCCCUACAAUAAUAAUGUCGUGCUUGACACAAAUCACAGCUUGGAGUGGCAGGCCAGCAGGAUCAACUCCAAUGCCGCCAUCUGCAAUGAUAACAUUAGGAACAUCCACCAGAUUUAUUUCAACGCGAAGGAAAAUGAACACAUGUGUACCCCCCCAUCUGCGCCAAUCCCCUCAGUCAGCUUGUACCGCCUCAAAUUCCUUGACAUCCUCAUCCGAUCGGACAGCUUCCUAUACAACAGCGUUUACAGCCCCAACUCGCACUUUUUCGAUUUUGUCAAGCAGCUGCGGGUGGAAGGCCGGGACCCGCGGGAGACCAUCUUUACAAAGCAGGCCACCUUUUUUGUGAAGGAGAGCGGGUUCAAACUAGCGAGCAAGCUCGUCCACAUCUACCCCAUCGCGCACCUGCCGGACUUCCCAAACACGUACGUCGAGUUCGUGCACAACCGGAGCAUCAACAGGAACAUGAAGGACAACCCGCACAAGUUCCACCGGCACCACUUAAGCUACAGGAUUCGGCACCUGAAGUUUUUGGGAUGGAACCCCAUCCUGCUGUACGAACACGAGUGGAAGAAGCUCAGGUAUCCUACAACAAACAUUAAAAAAAUUUUCUGA